UCAUUUAAGUGCAAGUAAACGGGAAAACGAAAUUGACCUUCAGAUAAAGAUAAAAACGUCAUAAAACAAUGAGUCAUCAAAGUGAAAUAGAGAAAACGAAGUAUAGAAAUUGGGUGAAAGGAGGAUUAGCUUUGAAAUAUUUUAGGGAAGGUAUAAAAGGGUUUGCAGAUAAAAUUGUUAAACAGGAACAUCAGAGAAUUCUAAGUGUCGCAGGACAUACAACUGGUCUCCCGUGCAACCAGUGUUGUAUCAAAACAUUACGACCAAUACACAGAUGCAUUAAAGAUCAAUCCAGCGGCAGACCUUUUUGCCCCUUGGUUCAAACCCAUUGCAGUUGUAUGGACUUAAAAGCAAAACCAUGUCCGAAUAAAAUAUGCGAUAUUGUUUUGGAAGAAGUAUUGAACAAUCACGCAUCGACACCGCCUCAACCCAACUGGAGAAAUACAGAUAUACAGAAAUGGGUUGUUUCACCUUGGGAAAUAGCCAAAUGCUUUAUACAAGCGCCGGGAUAUUCAUCAAAAACUGGCAUAGCUGAUGUUGACUUAUCAGGGUUAUUACAUAUCUUCAUCUACAACUUUAGUUUUCACGAGCACUUUUCAUGCAGCGUUACUUCAACAGAUCGAUUGAAAAAGGCUUUGCAAAUACGAAAUGAUAUAUUCCAUUCGCCAAAUAUGGAGAUUGAUGACACCGAGUUUAACACAUGCAUAGAUAACAUUCUUGACAUUCUUGGAGAUGAUAAGGAACUGAAAUCAUUAGACGACGUUAAACAAGCUGUUUCUAACUUGAAAGAGUUGAAGAACAAGGGUUUCAUUAUAACCACACAUAGCGAGUCUGAAGUAUGUAGAGCUUCAAUAGCAUCAAUCAUUCAGCAUACUGAUGAGCUGACAGACAAUAUUGAAAAGAUAACGGAAUCUGUCAGAGCAAAUGUUUUGGAAUAUUCGAGGAAUGACUGCGAAGUUUUGAAGCAAAGGGUCGAAAGACUUGAAACAAAUGUUGCAUCAAUGCAACAGCGUCUGUCGAAUCUAGAAAGGAAAAAAGAAGAAAUGGAUGCCAUACGUU